UCACUUUGUAUUUUGAAGCAUUGCUAUAAUUAGUGUAAGGAAGAGUUAGAUUUUGCACGUCUGAAGUGCAGGGAAGAGAUUCUCUUGAUUGUUGUUUGGUUGUUGUUGUUGUUAAUGGCCUCAACGAAAGAAGAAAUUCCAUGGCCUAUCAGCAAAGAUGAGUACGAAUUGCAAGAAGUUAUUGGUCAUGGAGCGACCGCAGUGGUGCAGGCUGCAUACUGUAUACCGAGGAAGGAAAUGUGUGCGAUUAAAAGAAUCCAACUAGAACAAACCAAUCAGGAUGAUGACCUUCUUAAAGAAAUUCAAGCAAUGAGUCAGUGUAACCAUCCUAAUCUCGUCACAUUUUAUCGAGCGAUUGUUGUAAGAAGUGAAGUUUGGCUCGUAAUGAAAUUACUAGCCAGAGGGUCAGUUCUGGACAUUAUAAAACACAAAGAGCAAAUAGCAGCAAAUGAUGUGGAUCCGAGAGCAGGUUUACUUGAAGAAGGUAUAAUUGCAACCAUUCUACGGGAAACAUUGAAAGGAUUGGAAUAUCUUCAUAAAAAUGGCCAAAUUCAUAGAGAUGUGAAAGCUGGUAAUAUACUUCUUGGUGAAGAUGGCAUGGUUCAGCUUGCUGAUUUUGGUGUUAGCUCAUUUCUAGCAACGACUGGAGAUAUUGUACGAGAUCGUGCAAGACAUACAUUUGUAGGAACACCUUGCUGGAUGGCACCUGAAGUUAUGGAACAGGCAUCAAGUGGAUAUGACUUUAAAGCAGAUGUAUGGAGUUUUGGAAUCACUGCUAUCGAAUUGGCAACUGGAAAAGCACCUUAUCAUAAAUAUCCACCCAUGAAGGUACUCAUGUUGACAUUACAAAAUGACCCGCCGACUCUCGAAACUUCCGUCGAAGAUAAAAAUAACCUGAAAAAAUAUGGAAAACAAUUUCGGAAAAUGAUUGAAAGUUGUUUACAAAAAGAUCCUUCUAAAAGGCCUACUGCAACACAACUUUUGAAAGAUCCAUUUUUCAAAAAAUCAAAACCGAAAGAUUAUCUUGUACAAAACUUACUUGCUACUGCACCUACAUUAAAACAACGUGGUAAAAAGCCAAGAAGGGUUCCAGGAUCAAGUGGAAGACUGCAUAAAACUCCAGAUGGUGACUGGGAAUGGAGUGAUGAAGAAAUGAUGGCUUAUGAUAGAAAAGCAGAAGAGGCGCGACCUGAUAGAUCAAAGACUAAUAACAGCGCACCUGACAUUGUUGAUGGUCCAGCACGAACAACAGCAAAUGAACAAAAUCAAGCUAAUGGAGGAGACCAAUCAAAAUUACCUCCCAGUAGAGAAAAUUCACAGGGGACAUUGAGCACAACUCUAACACAGCCACCUAAUAAUAUGCAACAACCACAGCAGUUGCCACCAUCUUCACAACAAGGGGACCAAUUGCCUGCUGUGGUUCCUCCAGUUGGAAGUGCUGAAGGAUACAUUGCUGCUGCACCAAGAUACAUAACAGAAGAUGGGAAUAUGAUUCCACCUACUCAACAGCCGCAGAUGGUGUAUCUUGCAACUCCACAAGGACAUCCGAUGAUGAUGCCUCACCCUGCUGCUAUCCCCGUCCCACAAGGUUAUCCACCGGGCUAUAUACCAGUGCCUCAAGGAAAUCUCGUAACCACCUUUGUCGAUCCAAACACAAACCAAAUAAUGUAUAUGACGGCAGCACCACCAACGAGUUUGAACUUACCCCAACAACCAGCCCACCCUAUUAUGGUGACCCGUGCUCCAGCCGCUGUCCCAACAAUUCCGCAAAAUGCAGCUCCUAUCAAUGUGGCAGCCACACAACCGGCCCCACAACAACUAGUCUCACCAACCAAUCCAGUCGGUGCGUUACCCACUAUGCCUGCGCCGACAACGAAUGCGACUGCUGCACCACAAGAACAAGAAAAAGUUCAAAAAACUGAAAAUCCAAAGCCAAUGAACUUUGUUUUACGCUUAAGGAAUUCUGAAAAUGUUCUGAACGAUAUCAAAUUUGCUUUUACCCCUGGUAAAGAUACACCCGAUGGAAUAUCACAUGAAAUGGUCAGUGCAGGACUAGUUGAUGGAAAAGAUGUUAUUAUUGUUGCUGCUAAUCUUCGGAAAAUUAUCGACGGCCACCCUGAAUUGAGUAACGUCGUAUUCGGACUUCAUCCAGGCACGAUGCCACCUAAUAAACUGCCUGAGGAAGGAAAUCUCAUAGGAUUCGCUCAAUUAAGCAUUGUCGACACAUAACCUGAAUAUAGAUCAGCAUGAGGUCUUCUGCGCUUGCCCACUUUUACCUAAUUAUAUAUACAAAAACACGUAUUUAAUUAAUAUUAUAGACACAAAAAUAUAUUAAAAAUGCAUGAGUCAAAUGCCAAGAUGUUUGUUGUAUACUUCGUAAGGAAUCUGGUCAUUUAUGGAUUCUUGGUAGAUGUACUUGCACGAACGCAGUCAUAUAUAUGACAAUUCUGUUGGUGUUACGCUAUGGGUUACUGAUCUUUUGGAGUUGUCCACCACAUACAGAUAAGUUGCGUAGUUGUGAUUAACAUAAUAACAACAACAGAUAUGCGGUUAUGCGAUUUUCUGUAUUGGCGUUUCAUCCGAAUAUCACCUUUAGUGUGUUAAUCGUUUAAGAAUCAUUUGUGACACUAUAACAACAAUUAUGGAAAAACAGCUGCUAUUAAUAGGUUCGAUUUCAAAGUUAAUCCUCUUCAACCAAUUAAUAUCACUUAUUUGCAAUAAAAAUAAUUUUUGUUAAAUUUUCCAUGAGCAAUAGUAAGGCAGAAGGUUGGCUUCAGUGAACCAUCUGAUUUGUUGGUGAUUAUAGCAUUUUGUUUUCGUGAGCGCACAAUUUCUUUGCAAUAAUAAGCUUCUUUUCUUUUAUAACAUGUAGUCAAUUCUAUGGAAUUCACUUUAAUAGGUUUGUAGAUUGUAUGAAAUAUUGGGUAGCUUAGAAAUCAAAAAUUAGUUCAUGACAUAUGAGUGAAGUAUGAUUUAAAUGGUAUUGCCUGUAUUCUUUUUUUGUUAAUUUCAUGACAUAUUUUCAAAAUAAAUAAUGCGAUAUGAUUUUUAUAUUUAUGUCAGAGGAUAGGAAAACUGAUAAUACGACAUAAUCGUUAUGAUGACUUUUGACACAUAUUAUUUGCUUU